AUGGUCGCUGAUACUGUGUCGAAACUUGCGGUCCUCAUCGACGCAGACAAUGCGCGUUAUUCCAACAUGCAUUGCCUGCUCGCCGAAAUUGCAAAAUACGGGACCGCUCACACAAAGCGAGCAUAUGGCGACUGGAGCAGUCCCAAUCUCACAAGAUGGAAGGACCAGCUUCUUGAGCAUUCGAUUGAACCCAUACAACAGUUUGCGUAUACCUACGGCAAAAAUUCCACUGACUCAGCCAUGAUCAUUGACGCGAUGGAUCUCUUGUACACCAGGCGCUAUGAUGGCUUUUGCCUGGUCUCCAGCGACAGUGACUUUACGAGACUAGCCGCUCGUAUCCGCGAGUCAGGACUUGUAGUCUAUGGAUUUGGCGAGCAAAAGACGCCGAAGCCCUUCGUUGCUGCCUGUGAUAAAUUCAUCUAUACUGAAAACCUCGUGCACCUGGAUAAGCUUGAGCCGCAUGCCACUACCAUCCGCGCUCCCGAACAUCCUCUGCCGGUCAAAAAAGUACCGAAUGAAGAACAAUGGGUAACUCAGCUACGAACAUCGGUAGAAGCAGCCUCCGAUAACGACGGAUGGGCUCGGCUCUCCCAAGUUGGCUCUCAGCUGAUCAAAAAUUAUCCAGACUUCGACUUCCACGGAUACGACAAGCUCAGUGAUCUGAUUGCUGCCUCUCCUUUAUUUGAAACCAGCCACCGGACCCAUCCGCACAAUUCGUCUACCGAAAUUUAUGUCCGCGACAUGCGCCGGAAGUCUAAGUAA